CUCCGAAAUCAUCUUAAGCAAUGGCAACUUCAAAUGCGCAAAAGCUUGCGCAAGCUGAGCAAGCAAUUGACACCUUUCUCCUAGCUUUCCCACGUAUCUUGUCCCCUCCAGGUUUCCCUGAUCUACAAUUUCACGGACCAGGCGAGAUACACGGGAUCGUCAUCCUACCUCUCUGGCAGCAGACCGCAGAGUUCAAUACCAAUUGCCCACACUGGCCACACUUCAACACAUUCCUCGACGGGCUUGCUCCUCUGAUGAAACUCAUCACAAGUCGCAUAUCAGAUGUAUUAUCGAAUCCUAAUAAUCUAUUACCCGAUCAGUAUGCGCAUUAUCCCAACAACUUCGGCAAAGCAAUUCAAGCGUGGAACAUCCGCCAAAGCACUGUUCUAGCCGGACAGCUAAUCCAACCUCGCAUACUCAGCAAUAUGAAUUGCUUUGAAACUGUCCGCUUAAGUGCUAUGCUGGCGAGUGAUGACCCGAGGCGGCCCUCGACCAGUCGUUCCAGCGACACGGUUGUGAUUACCACUGUGGGGGAUUAUUUGUAUGGAGAUAUGUGGCGCCAUGCUGGAGAUAUCUACAAAACAAUGGAUGAGUUGAUCACUUUACCCGGAAAGGUAGAGAUCCUGAAUACUCGAUUUGGGGUGCAGAAUAAUCGAUUUACUGGUAGGAGGUUCCAGCUUGAAUUCUUUUUGCCAGAUAUCUCCACAGUCUAG